CUGGCACCUGGCUACAUUCUACUAUUCCAAUUCCAGAAACAAAUUGGAUAAUCGGGGCUCUCUCUUCCCUCUUUCCCGUAUCUGGCUUCUUCGCUCUUUCGCCGGGCAUUUCUCGAAGGCAUAUAUAAUACACAGAGAGAGAGAUUGAAACAAUGGUGUGCGAGAAAUGUGAGAAGAAAUUGGCGAAGGUGAUAGUGCCGGACAAGUGGAAGGAAGGGGCCAGCAACACAACCGAGAGCGGUGGCCGGAAGAUCAACGAGAACAAGCUCCUCUCGAAGAAACACAGAUGGACUCCGUAUGGAACUUCCAAGUGUAUAAUUUGUAAGCAACAAGUGCACCAAGAUGCCAAGUACUGUCACACUUGUGCUUACAGCAAAGGAGUAUGUGCAAUGUGUGGUAAGCAAGUCCUCGACACCAAGUUUUACAAGCAAAGCAAUGUAUAAUGAAGAAGAUUGCAGUUUUUCUACUUUCUAGUGCAUUUACCUUUGCUAGAUGUCAUGACUAGCUUGAUUGUGGGAAAAAAGCUGUAAUGCCGACACAACUAUUGACAACCAUGGUAUGUCCACUUAUGCUGAAUGCAUACCUUUGUGAUCGAUGAAAUGUGCCAGUCGAUGUUUAUCCCAUUACCCUAUUCGGCUACUAACUGGCUGGUGCUGUUGAGCUUUUGACAUGUUUUAUAUGAAGGUUGAUGACUUGGCCUCGGGAAA